AUGGAAAACAGUGAAAAAAAUGUUUCUACUGAAACAAUUCCAAUAGAUUUAAGUCGUACGUCCAAAACUGUUGAACAGCAUGAUGAUCCGUCACUCAUCCAACAUGCGAAAGCCUAUCACGGAAUUCAAAAUCAGCCUGUCGUUCCGAAUUUUCCACAGUUUCACCAUGUGCCACACCACCAAGUAAACCAGCAACCCCAACAGAUUAUUCCUAAUCAACAUCAAGUAAUGUUUGUCCCGCAACCGUAUUACACAUAUCCUUCUUCAGCCCUGAACCAUUCAGUACCACCUUACAAUUACACACCAAAUCUAGGUGUACAAUACAUGCCAUCUCAAUUUGGAGGAACAGUAGGAACGUCAGCUCACUCAUUUCAACAUCCAGUGAUGCCACAAUCAUUUUAUAAUGACCAACUAAGCGGUAAAUCGGACGGUGUGCCAGUGGUUUUAAAAGAGCAGGCAAAUUGCGAAUCGACGUGGUCUGAUAAAAAUCAGAUCACGUCAGGCGGUAGUCUUUCAUCGUCGAACAAUAACAAUAGCAACUCAAAGAAUGCGAUGACAAAUCCAAGAACUACGCAGGUAACUAGGACUUUUUCAAACAAAGAAAGUGGUAAACCCAACUUAAGCGAGAUUGAGCUUCUUAAAAUCUGUAAACAAAAAUCAGCUGUUGAAAAGGAAAAUACUGGGACAUACCGGAGACGAAACUUUAAUUGUCGCAAUAAUUGCACCGCCUGUCAAGACUUUUGUCAAAGGGAUUGUGUUAGAUGUCGGUGUAUUGAAAACUUGGACAAACUAUUGUGA